GCCUUUUUCUCAGGCUACAAAGCCUUGUGUUGCACCUUGUUCGGGAGGUAAUCGUCACAUCGGGAUUACGCACCUUUGACCUCUAGCACUGUCAACAGUAAGCGGCUCACUGAGAUAGGCUACCAGCGACCAAAUCCACCAGCAGCAACCGGUUUGUCACAUGACUGCUAUGCAGCUCAGUCUGGCUGUGUGUGUGAGAGAGAGCCUGUUCAGCUUUUAUUUCCGUGUUCGCAGAGGGAUCGCUGUGCCGAGUGACUUUCCGUGGAUCCUGAGUGUUUGCUUUCUUCCACGCCGCGAAUCUGCGUCGCCGUGCGGGGAUCUGCCAGGGAGACGGGAAGAGGGGGGUGCGUGUGGGGUGGGGUGGCAUUCACGCAAUUGCAUUGCCUGGACCCACGCCGCAGCAGGACCAUGCUCACGCGGGUGAAGUCGGCGGUAGCCAAUUUCAUGGGAGGUAUGAUGGCCGGUGGCUCCAACGGAGACCAUCCCAGCGGCUCGGAUCUGCCGCUGAAAUUCCCGUACACCCGACCGGACUUCCUGGGACUGUCGCCAGACGAGAUCGAGUGUUCGGCGGAUCACAUCGCAAGACCGAUCCUCAUCCUGAAGGAGACCAAGCGGCUGCCGUGGUCCACCGGCUACGCAGAGGUAAUCAAUGCAGGGAAAAGCACAUUAAAUGAAGAUCAGGCUUGCUGUGAGGUCCUGGUUGUUAAAGGGAGACCUGCAGGAAGCCUCGCGCCUAACCGAACCCCCACGACCCGCAGGAGAUCGUCCCUGCCUAAUGGUGAGAGUCUGGGCCUCCGGGAGAACCUGCUCACCAGUACUUUACUCAGGCCCAGCCGGAGCCUACAGCAAACUCAUGACAACUCUGAAGACCUAACUUUACACUACUGGGCAUUGUUCGAUGGCCACGCUGGCUCCGGGGCAGCUGUAAUGGCCUCUCGUCUUCUCCACCACCACAUUGCCCUGCACCUACAGGAAGUGAUGGAGAUCCUCUGUACUCCUAACCUUGUGCCGCCCACGUGCCUGGGUGAGGAACCUAUCAAUCACCACCUCACCCCUUCAUCUCAGCGUGUCCUUACAAGGGCUGCAUCGCUCCGGGGUGCCGCAGGGGCUCCGGGUUCCCCCAGUACCCCACCGACCCGCUUCUUCACAGAGAAGAAGGUGUCGCAGGAGAGCCUGGUGAUUGGAGCCAUCGAGAACGCCUUCAAAGACAUGGAUUCACAGAUAGAAAAGGAGAAGGCGGUCUACAACAUCUCAGGUGGCUGCACAGCGCUGGUGGUCGUCUAUUUACUCGGCAACCUCUAUGUGGGGAAUGCCGGGGACAGCAGAGCUAUCAUUAUCCGGUCUGGGGAAGUCAUUCCCAUGUCAGCAGAGUUCACACCAGAGUCAGAGAGGCAGCGACUGCAGUUCUUGGCCUAUAUGCAGCCCCACUUAUUAGGGAAUGAGUUUACACAUCUGGAAUUCCCAAGGAGAGUGCAGAGGAAGGAGGUGGGGAAGAGGAUGCUGUAUCGUGACUUCACCAUGUCAGGAUGGGCAUAUAAAACCAUAGAGGAAGAUGACCUAAAGUUUCCCCUGAUCUACGGUGAAGGGAAGAAGGCUCGCGUACUGGCAACCAUCGGGGUCACGAGAGGCCUCGGAGACCACAGUCUCAAAGUGCACGACUCCAACAUUUACAUUAAGCCCUUCCUGUCCUGCUGCCCAGAGGUCAGAGUUUAUCCUUUAGCGCAGUGUGAGCAUGGAGCCGAUGACGUUCUGGUGCUGGGAACUGACGGACUGUGGGACGUCCUCUCCAACCAGGAAGUGGCUGAAUCGGUCGGCUGUUUCCUGGCAAACUGCGACCCUGACGAUCAGCACAGGUACACAAUGGCAGCUCAAGACCUCAUAAUGAGAGCGAGGGGGGUGCUGAAGGAUCGAGGCUGGAGGAUAGCCAACGACAGAUUAGGCUCCGGAGAUGACAUCUCUGUCUACAUCAUUCCCCUCAUGUAUGGAAACAAGCAGAACUAGCCAAGCUACGAAACCGCAGCCAUCGCUGAAACACAACCCUGCCUUGACCUUUUAAACUUCACAUGUGCAGUUUUACCUCAUUCCUUGUUCUCCUUUUAAAAGUGCUUUUGUUUCUGCUCAGAUCAAAACCUGAUCUCAGUUUCACCCUGAUUAUCCUCAAUCAGGGUGAUCUCUCUCUCUCUCUCCCUUUUUUUAAAUAUUGAAAAGGAAACAAUCAUAAGAGGAGCUGUUAAUGAUUACUGUUAAUAUUGUUUUUUAAUUCUCGUGGAAGCCAUCCUUAGCUGUGUUUCGGGGGGCAAACCCUGUAAACCUGGACUCUCGAAUGAGAUGAUGACAUCUCAGGACUGCUGUUACUAACUAAUGCACAAUAUUUAAUAAUGUGAAAAUGUAAAUAAUCUGAAACACAAGACAUUGGUUAAGUGUGUUUGGCUGAACACCUGUACAGUGUUUAACCCCCCCCCCCCCCCCAAAACCUAAAGACUGCUGUAAAUAUGAAUCAUUCCAGCUCUGUUCCAUGCACGCUUUUAACUUAGCCAGACUCAGCCAUUCACUUUUCCACAUCUCCCAGUGAAAUGGGUGGGAAAAAUGGGUUUCCUUCUGCUGACUUUCGGCUGUUACUUCUAAUACUGCAGUUGCCAUUUUUUUGCUCAUUUGUACCAUUGCGAUACUGCGUUUGCUAUUAAGGAGAGAUUUUUUUUUUUAAUGAAGACUACACUACCAGGUGGAGUGACACUUAAAAGAUUUUGGCCCAAUACAUUUCACGCUCCUUAUUUCUUUACUAUUGUAUUUAUUUGAACAUCAGUUGAGAUCUACAAAGGAAAACAAACAUGUUUGAGACAUGUUCCUCCUUAAGCUGUCGUUCACCUGCUGCAUGUGCCAUCAUUAAGCUACGUAGUCAUCCUUUACAGCAGGGGCAUCAAAUAUAAGGCUCUGGGGCCAGAAUCGGCCUGGCAAAGACUCAAUCUGGCCCACUGGAUGGCUUUGGGAUAUGUGAAAGAGGACAUAGCAUUUCCCCUUAUGAAGAUCUCCCUUAUUGCCAAUUAUAAGACACCGGUAAUAAUGUAACAGAUAAACAAAGAUAAAAACAAAAAGGUUCCUGUUUUCUCACUCAACUUUUUUUUUUAAAUGAGUAAAAAUAAAAAUAAAACAAGACAUUUUCUAUGAAUUAACAAAAACCUUCAGUUUUGUAAUUACAAGAGCACGGGGGGUAAUGAGCCACCAGAUGCUUUUUCUGUAAUUUUUACACAUUUAUUUAUUUGCACUGACCGAUUUCUCUCAUUUCCACCAGCAAGAGUUCUUUAUCAUGUAGAAAAAUUUAAAAUUGCACUUCUUUUUCUUAUAGUAAUUGGGAUUAAAUGUGUAGUCAAAUGUCUUUACACUGACAGGAGAGGAGUAUCGCUGGUUCAGACCAACUUAACAUCAAAGUGGGCCGCAUGUGGCCCAUGAUGUAAAAGGAGUUUGACAUCCCUGCUUUACCUCAUAGAACCUUUUCUCAGAUUUAUUGUUCUCAUUUAAAAAAAAAAAAAAUCAAAAUGUAUAAAUAACAGGUACCUGUAACGACGCUGAUGUUACAGAUGUCCCUCAGAGCAUAAAUCUGACCCGUCAUUGCUAAACUUGUGUGUCUGAGCAGUCAACACAGUUCUUACGUUAAGGAGUGGGUUUCCAUAUUUUAUUUCAAAUUGUACUUUUUUUUUUAUUUUGAAGGUGAAAAUGGUGAAACUGAGUAAAUUUAUUUAAAUGUAAAAAUGUAAAUAACCUUUUCCAGCAGACAAACUCUCCCUUCCUUUUACUGUAAGUCACGCAUAUCUUACCGAAACCAAAACGCACAUGAUUUGUACUGUUUUAGAACCCCAUAGGAACAAUAAAAAAAUAAAUGUUAAAAAGUUCAUUUUUCUGCUCUAUUAAAGUAGUGAAUCAACAUUUGUCACAAUUCUCUGCUGCCUCAGUGAUUUAAAAAAUAAAUAAAUGGUGUUGAUUGAUCCUGGCUCUGGGAUGCACUUGGCAGACAGCUCAGAGUAUUGGGAAAAGUAGUGGCCUGGCCUCUUUGGUAACUGUAUCAGAUGAACUUUAUGAAAGAAAAGAUUUUUUUUUAAAAACGUGGUGAUCUGAUAUAGCGCUGAUGUAAAUGACUCAUCAGAUACGAUCGAAUACUGGAUAUAACUGAUUCUGCAUCAAACAACAAAUUUUCUUGGAACUUAGACUUUAAUGGAGACAGCAUCUGCACCACAUAAGACCAUCACCGCUCUGACAAACUGUGUCAAGACAGUCCAGAAGCAAAAAUGUGGAGGAAGGGUAUUAGUUCACACGAUAGCCAAACUCAAGGAAGAUUUCAUGGUGGAGGCUGCUGCAAGGGAAGUAAUCUUGACUUUUUGAAAAAUACGUACGUACACGUACUUGAUUGCUUGACCAAAAAAAAGGUACGAAAUGUGGGCCAUUUUUUUUCACCCAAAAAUUCUGUCAAUGCAAGUCAAACAUCUGUGGAGCUAAAAGGAAUAUCUGCAACAUUUUUGCUGAGUCCUUCUCCGGUGAUGUCAUACUGAAUACUUGAAAUACCUGAGAAACCAUGGAUGUAAAUUAAAUUAAC